AUGGUGACAGCUGUCACAGCUGAGCUGUGUACGAGAACAAGCACUUAUGUUCUCUCCGCGUGGAGAGAGGCAACGAGACACGCAGUCGCGACUCGCGAGGCCAUUGACAACAUUAUUCUUGAUGAGUUGGCACCAGUGGAGCAGGUGCGCGAAGGUCGUGAGAUGAUUGAUGCGCUCCGUCAGAAGGAGGACGCUCUUGCAGCACAAAUCGAGACCUUUGACGCCGACAUCGCUGAGACUAUAGCCAAGGUUGACCGUCUAUGGUCAACGCGGGCUAGGGAGCAAGUCUCGGCCUACAUACAUGUAGCUCUCGUAUGA